AUGGUGAGAGAAGGGAUAGUGCUAGCCCAUAAAAUCUCCCAUAAAGGAAUUGAAGUUGACAAGGCAAAAGUAGAGGUGAUAGCCAAUCUCCCUCCUCCAGUUAAUGAGAAAGGUAUACCGAGUUUCUUGGGACAUGCGCGAUUCUACCGUAGGUUCAUCAAAGAUUUCUCCAAGAUCGCCAAACCAUUAACUAGUUUGCUUGUGAAGGAUACUCCGCUUCUGUUUGACAAAAGGUGCAACGAGGCCUUCGAUACUCUGAAGCAUAAAUUGGUGUCUGCUCCUAUAGUGAUCUCUCCUAACUGGUCUUUACCCUUUGAGAUCAUGUGCGGACUCGAAGCCAAGGCUGCUCAAGUGGAUUUUGCUGUUGCAAGAAUUUGA